GGAGCCCGGGACUCCUGGAUCUGGUGUCAGUGGGCCCUGGGGACCUGGACUCGCAGGUCCUGACUCCCAGCCUCCUCCUCAGGAGCGCCUGGACCAUGCUGCUGAGCGCCUACUGGCACGGCCUCCACCCGGGCUACUACCUGAGCUUCCUGACCAUCCCUCUGUGCCUGGCUGCCGAGGGCCGGCUGGAGUCAGCCCUGCGGGGGCGGCUGAGCCCAGGGGGCCAGAAGGCCUGGGACUGGGUGCACUGGUUCCUGAAGAUGCGCGCCUAUGACUACAUGUGCAUGGGCUUCGUGCUGCUCUCCUUGACCGACACGCUUCGGUACUGGGCCUCCAUCUACUUCUGUAUCCACUUCCUGGCCCUGGCAGCCCUGGGGCUGGGGCUGGCUUUGGGUGGGGGCAAAACAGCCCAGCCUGGGGCCAUGGAAGAAAACCCAACCUUGGAAUCAGAAGCCUGGGGCUCCUCCAGGGGGUGGCUGGCCCCCCGGGAGGCCAGAGGAGGNCCAUCGCUGUCCUCUGUGCUGAACGAGCUGCCCAGUGCUGCCACCCUUCGGUACCGAGGCCCUGGGGUGCUGCCUUGGGGGGUGCCGGAGGAGGAAGAGGAGGAGGCUGAAGGAAGGAGCAGAAAGGCCUUCACAGAAGUCACCCAGACGGAGCUGCAGGACCCUCACCCUUCCCGGGAACUGCCCUGGCCCAUGCAGGCCAGACGGGCACACAGGUGAGGCCCCACCUCCGGCUGGGACCCGCACAGCCUGGACCAGGCCGUUCUCCCAUACCUUGGACGCGGUCUCCUCCCUCUGUCCUCUGCGGCUCCUGGCUGCUGGGGCCUCUCUCUGCCUCGCUCAGAGCUGCCUCUCUUGGUUUCUUUUUUCCCCUCGUCUUUGUCUCUCCUUCGGACUCCAGGCCAGUUUGGCGCCGGCACCGAGUCCUACUUCUCCCUGCUGCGCUUCCUGCUCCUCCUCAACGUGCUGGCCUCCGUGCUUAUGGCCUGCAUGACGCUGCUGCCCACCUGGCUGGGAGGCGCUCCCCCAGGCCCUCCCGGCUCCAACACCUCCUCCCCCUGCGGCUCCUAUAACCCCCACCCCCAGGGCCUGGUCACCUUUGCCACCCAGCUCUUCAACUUGCUCUCAGGAGAAGGUUACCUGGAAUGGUCCCCUCUCUUCUAUGGCUUCUACCCGCCCCGCCCACGCCUGGCGGUCACCUACCUGUGCUGGGCCUUUGCCGUUGGCCUCAUCUGCCUCUUGCUCAUCCUGCAUCGCUCGGUGUCCGGGCUGAAGCAGACACUGCUGGCGGAGUCCGGGGAUCUGACCAGCUACAGCCACCGGGUGUUCUCGGCCUGGGGCUUCGGCCUCUGCAGGGACGUCCACGUGCGGCUGCGCCAGCGCAUCAUCUUGUACGAAUUACAGGUGGAGCUGGAGGAGACAGUGGUGCGGCGCCAGGCUGCUGUGCGGACUCUGGGCCAGGAAGCCAGGGUUUGGUUGGUGCGGGUGCUGCUCAACCUGCUGGUGAUCGCACUCCUUGGGGGAGCCUUCUAUGGCGUCUACUGGGCUACAGAGAGCAUCGUGGCGCUGCAGAAGAGGUCCCUUGUUCAGCAGUUGCCACUGCUGAAGCUUGGGGUGAAUUACCUUCCGUCCAUCUUCAUCGCUGUGGUCAACUUUGUGCUGCCGCCCGUGUUCAAGCUCAUUGCUCCACUGGAAGGCUACACUAGAAGUCGCCAGAUCGUUUUUAUCCUGCUCAGGACCGUGUUUCUUCGCCUGGCCUCCCUGGUGGUCCUGCUUUUCUCUCUCUGGAAACAGAUCACUUGUGGGGGUGACUCCGAGGCUAAGGACUGCAAAACCUGUGGCUACAAUUACAAAGAACUUCCGUGCUGGGAGACUGUCCUGGGCCAGGAAAUGUACAAACUUCUGCUCUUUGAUCUGCUGACUGCCUUGGCAGUCGCGCUGCUCAUCCAGUUUCCUAGAAAGCUCCUCUGUGGCCUCUGUCCUGGGGCGCUGGGUCGUCUGGCGGGGACCCAGGAGUUCCAGGUGCCCGACGAGGUGCUGGGGCUCAUCUACGCGCAGACGGUGGUCUGGGUGGGGAGUUUUUUCUGCCCUUUGCUGCCCCUGCUUAACACGGUCAAGUUCCUGCUGCUUUUCUACCUGAAGAAGCUUACCCUCUUCUCCACCUGCUCUCCGGCUGCCCGCACCUUCCGGGCCUCCACGGCGAAUUUCUUUUUCCCCUUGGUUCUUCUCCUGGGUCUGGCCAUCUCCAGCGUUCCCCUGGCCCGUACAGAAUUCCUACGAAAGAAAGCCAGACAUCAGAACUCACUGCCUGCGCUUGAAGCAGCAGAGGCGGGAGCCCCAAGUUCUGGCCCUGUGGACCUGUUUCGGGAGCUGCUGGAGGAAGGGAAAGGAGUGAUCAGAGGCAAUAAAGAGUAUGAGGAAGAAAAGCGACAGGAGAAAGAGAGACAAGAGAAAGCUCUGGGCAUCCUGACGUACCUGGGCCAGAGUGCGGCGGAGGCACAGACUCAACCCCCUUGGUACCAGCUACCCCCGGAGCGAGGGGGGCCCCCGCCUGGCCCAGCCCCAGAUGAGAAGAUCAAGAGCCGUCUGGACCCUCUUCGGGAGAUGCAGAAGCAUCUGGGGAAGAAGAGACGGCACAGCGGUGAAGGCAAUUGCAGCAGAAAGGAAAAGAAGGAGGGGUCUGAGAAGCUGCGACCCAAGGAGCCUCCAUCCCUGGACCAGCUUCGAGCUGAACGUCUUCGGAGGGAAGCAGCUGAGAGGGCUCGGGCAGUGGCCCUGCUGGCCCGGGUCCAAGGCCAGGCACUACAGGAGGCUCAGCCGGAAGAAGAGACAGAUGACCGGAAGCGGCGGUACAACUCCCAAUUCAACCCCCAGCUGGCCCGGCGCCCCCGCCAGCAGGACCCUCACUUUGCUCAUUGACUCCUGAGGGGGGUACAGGAGAGGCCGCUGCUGCCAGCCGUCAUAUAAAACUAUUUAUUCAUAAAUAUUUUCCAAAAUGAAAA